UUAAGGAAAAAAAAAAGUAUUUUGCGACCUCGUCCCUUUUUUUUUCCUUUUGUCGCCCCUCGUCACCGACCGCUCGUUUUCCCUCUUUCGAUUAUUCUGGUUUGACGACAUCCCACUCAUCCGGUCAUAAUGUCUCGUGCUGCUGCAGCUCCGCCGCCAAUGCCUCCCUUAGCCCAACCCAUUGCAGUCUCUGUAGAGCCCUCCUUAUGGGAUCGAUUGUCCAAUUGGGCCUCCGAGAACAAAGCUAUUGUAUAUACCAUCGCUGGUGUGGCUGUUGUCGUCACCGGUGCGGGCGUAGUAUAUUAUCUCAACACCGAUAUUCCGAAGCCCGCUGCGCAAUCAAAACUCAGCAAGAAGGAAAGGAGGAAGCGAAAAGAAGCAGAGCGCCAAGCCGAAGCACCGAAGUCCCCCGCCUCCUCGGGCGAACAACCGAAAGCUCCGACAGUAGAAACCGCCGACGAACUACCAGAAAUCACCGAAGAAACAGUCGGCACAUUCUCCGAUGAACAACGCCGAGAUUACGCCCUGCAACUCAAGAAUGCUGGCAACAAGGCCUAUGGCAGUAAAGACUAUAAUCGGGCUAUUGACCUCUACUCCAAGGCCAUUCUUUGCAAGCCCGACUCUAUUUUCUACUCCAACAGGGCUGCUUGCUACAAUGCUCUUAGCGACUGGGACAAGGUCGUCGAGGAUACCACCGCCGCUAUUAGCCUCGAUCCCACAUACGUAAAAGCGCUAAACCGAAGAGCUAAUGCUUACGAACACCUAUCUCAGUUCAGCGAAUCUCUCCUGGAUUAUACGGCCAGCUGUAUUAUUGACGAGUUUAAGACCGAGUCUAGUACAAAUGCCGUUGAGAGAUUACUGAAGAAGGUUGCAGAGCAGAAAGCUGAGGAUAUCAUCAAGUCCAAAGAUUCUAAAAAGCUACCUAGCCCUACUUUCGUCUCCAACUAUAUCCAGAGUUUCCGAGCGAAGCCCCGACCUGAAGACCUAGACGAUUCCGUCGAACUACCAGAAUCAACCGGCAAGGGACAACUGCAAAUUGGGCUCAGAGCUAUGGAGAAGAGGACACAUGAGGGAUAUGAAGAGGCAGCAAACGCAUUUGAAAAGGCCUUGGAACAUGGUGACUUAGACGAACACGAGGCUCUCACCUACAACUUACGAGGCACCUUCAGGAAUCUACGUGGAUCUCAAGACCUGGCUUUACAAGAUAUGGAUAAGAGUAUAGAGCUCGACCCGUCCUAUACUCAAAGCUACGUUAAGAGGGCAAGCAUGCAUCUAGAAAUGGGCGACCGGGCUAAGGCUGCUGCGGACUUGGAACAGGCGCUAAAGCAAAAUGACUCCGAUCCGGAUAUCUACUACCACCGUGCACAGCUUCACUUCAUCCAUGGUGAAUUCCAAGAUGCUGCCAAGGAUUACCAGAAAUCGAUCGAUCUCGACAGCUCAUUCAUCUUUUCACAUAUUCAGCUUGGUGUAACGCAAUAUAAGAUGGGAUCCGUAGCGUCUUCGAUGGCCACAUUCCGCCGAUGUGUUAAGAACUUCGACAAGGUCCCCGACGUGUACAACUACUAUGGAGAAUUACUACUUGACCAAUCCAAGUAUGACGAAGCAAUCCAAAAAUUUGACACAGCUAUGGAAAUGGAGAAGCAGACUAAGCCUAUGGCGAUGAACGUCCUACCUCUUAUCAACAAAGCGCUCGCAGUAUUUCAACAGAAGUCCGAAUUUACCGAAGCUGAGAAGCUAUGCGAGAAAGCAUUAAUUAUUGACCCUGAAUGCGAUAUUGCUGUAGCUACGAUGGCUCAGCUUCUCCUUCAACAGGGUAAAAUCACGGAAGCACUCAAGUACUUUGAACGCGCAGCCGAGCUUGCCAGGACACCGGGUGAGAUCGUCAACGCGCUUUCCUACGCCGAAGCCACGCGGACACAAAUCCAGGUCCAAGAAAAGUACCCUCAAUUAGCAGCCAAGCUACAAGGGAUGGGUGCGGGUGCUGCCGGAAUGGGAGCCGGCGCAUUCGGAGGUCGCUAGACUCGAUCUAGGGAUGGUUCAGGGGCGUAUAGCUCGUACAAAAGAGUAUUAUGGAGCAGCUCUACUACUAAUAUGAAGAGGUGAAAUAUUGGGCAAGAUUUAAAUUCGGGUUCGCACGAGAAAAAAAAUUGAAAGAAAAGUACUUGAGGACCUUACGCACGUACAUUUUUUUUUUUUACAUUUCCGAGGCCUCUGAAGUUUAUAAGUCUCCCCUGAACGACGACUUGUUGGUAAUGCUAUUCAUCCUACUCCCACUGUACCUAGUAUUGUACAUAAUUAAUACCUCCCUCUCCUUGUUGUGGAUAACCCCUUCACUCAC